UGUGGCAGUUACCUGCUGCCUUACUAGGGGCCAUGCUUCAAGGUCAAAGCCGGAACAGCUACCCGCUACAGGUGCCCUCACCUCUGGUGCUCAGUGACUGCUGGGCUGUGGGCUGCUCUCCCAGAGUUCUGCCUGCUGUGGGCCUGUCUGUCCUGCCUACCCUGCCACCAGGAGAUGAAGCUCACUCCCUCUCUGGAGGGAAGACGAGUAAGCCACAGAGCCCAGGACCAUAGACUGUGUCAGCCUCUGCCACUCGCCAGCUACAGUCCUCAGUACAGCCUCAAACCAGGCUUUUCGUGGUACUUCCAAGGUGGGGCUAGCUGAACUGUGCUCUGGCUGGAAGCACCCUGACAGUCGCCUCACUCCCCAUCAGGCAUUAGACAGACCCAGAGAGAUUGAGUGUUGGAAAUCGUGGGCACAAUCAGAGUGACUGGAGGGAUCAUGUAUCCUUUGUCCCUUGCGAUAAAGAUUGGAUCUCCAGCAACAGGGCCAAGACACCUGCAGACUUGUUUUCCAUCCAACCAACCCUCACAACACUGUUCACAGCAGUGUAACACAUCUGCAUUCCUGGAGAGCCCUUGGGAAAGGGACAUGUUCCCAAGCAAGAUCAGCUGGUCCUGAAUGAACACACGUGGGACCGGCCACAGAUGCCCAGGCUGUCCCCCGGGAGCACGCAGAUCUUGAGGAGACCCUAGCCUCCCGCCUGGCUGUUUCCAGAACCCUGCACCAGGUGUGCCCAGGCCACCACAGCACCAUGGACCAAACACCCAUCAUCUGUGACUACGGUUCUGGCUUCAGCAAGGUGGGCUUUGCAGGAACCGAGGCCCCUCUGUCUGUCUUCCCCACCAUCAUCGGGAAACUGAAACAUAACAACCUGCUGGUGGGGACAGAAGAAGAAGACUGUUUCAUUGGAGCUGAGGCCGAAAAUAAUCUGUUACAGCUGAACCUGAACCGCCCCAUCAUCCGGGGAGCCAUCACCAACUGGGACAAUGUGGAGAAGAUUUGGCAUCACUCCUUCUACCAGGCUCUCCACAUCUCCCCCGAGCAGCACCCUGUAAUGAUAACAGAGCCACCGCUAAACAGCAAGGAUGUUAAAUCAAGAAUGACACAGAUCCUCUUUGAAACCUUCAACGUCCCUGCCCUGUACAUGGCUAACCAAGGGGUCCUCUCCAUGUACGCUGCUGGCAGAACCUCUGGGACAACUAUUGAAUCUGGAGAAGGGAUGACAUACAUCGUGCCUAUUAUGAAUGGCUAUCCUUUGCAACUGUCGAUCACCAAGCUGGAUGUAGCUGGCCAAGACCUGACUUCAUACCUCCUGAAACUGCUUUCAGACAGUGGGAACUUGUUAGUGGGUACAGCUGACCGUGAGUACAUCCGGGACCUGAAAGAAAAACACUGCUAUGUGGCACUCGACUAUGACAUGGAAAUAUCAAAAACCGCAACACCCUCCUGCCAGAAAAAAUUCCAGUUGCCUGAUGGCAAGGAGGUCAACAUGGGGCAGGAGGCUUUCAUGUGCUCAGAGGCACUCUUCAACACCAGCCUCAUUGGGAAAAGCAACCUGGGGAUCCACAUUCAGGCCCAGCAGAGCAUCACAUCCUGCGACCGCUCCUACUGGAGGACUCUUUUUAGUCACAUCAUGGUGUCUGGCGGCACCGGCGCUUCCUCAGGUCUACGACUCCGGCUGCAAAGAGAGAUAACAAAUCUGGCCCCUCCAGACCUCUGUGUGAAGGUGGCCAUCUCUCCAUAUGCCAAGUAUGGUGCCUGGGUAGGUGCCUCCAUCUUGUGCUCUCUCCCUAUGUUCAAGGACAUGUGGGUCACAAGUCAGGAAUAUAGGGAAAUUGGCCCUUCUGUCAUGUGUAGAAGAAACUUCUGACUGGUGGCUUUCAGGUUCCAUCACCUGGGUCAACAUCACCAUGCCCAGGCUGAGCCUCAGCCUGACUGAGCAGGCC